AUGACGAUUCCUCGCAUGGCUGCAUCUUGUCCUUACCUGCUUGACAGCAUCCAUGCAUUUUCAGCCUUACACUUGGCCUCGAUUGAGACUGAUAAUCGGGCUUUAUGGCUGAAUCAUGCCGUGCAAUAUCAGAGCCAGGCAUGCGCUGGAUUGAGCAAGGUUCUUCCGGAAAUCUCACCGCCAGAUUAUGAACCCGCAUUCGUCUCGUCUAUCAUCAUAAUGCUUUUCGCCAUGGGAUCUCGAGUAUUAUCCCUUGAAACACGACCUCUGGACCCGCUUUCGGUGGUUCUUGAGGCUCGCACAUUGAUGUCUGGCCCCGCCAUGCUUCUUUCCCGGAUACUUGAAGCCGGGGUUGACUCGCAGCUGGAUGGAUGGCUGUGCGCUCCUGACACACAAGAAAUUCUCGAAGCUGGGAAACAUGAUCACGGCAGCUACCCGGUCGAGAGCACAAACAUAUUAUUCACCCUCCACAAAGACAUAGUAACGUCGCUGGUUCGACUUCAUUCGAUUAUUGACACAAGAAAAGGAUCGGAUCAACCGAUCUACCUAGCCACAUGGCAGCAGCUUCAUCAGGCCAUCGAACCGUGGCCAAAAAUCGGACCGCAUGGCGGCCCGCUUGCAUGGCCCUUAUUCCUCUCCGACAAGUUUUCCUCACUACUCAAACAUGGCGACUGGAUUGCCCGAAUUCUGUUUCUACAUUUUGGCAUCGCUAUGCGUCUCUUGUGCCGUCGAUGGUAUGUGCGCGACUGGGGUCGUCGGCUGGUGUUAGCCACGCUGGAAGCACUGGAUAAGGUUCCUCAGGAGUGGGAGGAAACUAUUUCUUGGAUAAGACGAGCCGCUGCAAGGGAAGACUAG